UUACUUACAUAUGCACCUCACCGCCGCGACAAAUUAGCACCGGCGAGCGAGCGAGAGCCAGCAAGCGACGAACCCCGGAUCACUCGAGCCGGCCUGUUAAUUAAUUUCUUGGGGUGCGAGAGGGGAGGCGAAGAUGUCGUGGCAGACGUACGUCGACGAGCACCUGAUGUGCGAGAUCGAGGGCCACCACCUCACCUCCGCCGCCAUCGUCGGCCACGACGGCGCCGUCUGGGCGCAGAGCGCCGCCUUCCCGCAGUUCAAGCCGGAGGAGAUGGCCAACAUCAUGAAGGACUUCGACGAGCCCGGGUUCCUCGCGCCAACCGGGCUGUUUCUUGGACCCACCAAGUACAUGGUCAUCCAAGGUGAACCUGGUGCCGUCAUCCGCGGCAAGAAGGGAUCAGGAGGCGUGACGGUAAAGAAGACUGGGCAGGCGCUGGUGGUCGGCAUCUACGACGAGCCGAUGACACCGGGGCAGUGCAACAUGGUGGUUGAGAGGCUCGGUGACUACCUUGUAGAGCAGGGCCUGUAGAUCGAUCAAAGCCACUGUCGCCAUUGCCAAAGUUGAGCUACAAGCCAGCCAAACGAACCACAUCACAGUACUGUAGAUCAUAUCAAUAUGCAUUUCUCUCUAGCCACCGCGCAUGGGAUUGUGGUUUAAUUUCUGCCAACACCGCACAUUGCAGAUCACUUCUCGAUCUGCCAUAGUUUUUUUUAAUCCCUCGUUCUUCAUGUCGUUUUGGCUAAUAAUUUUGUUUUUUUUUUUUGGUUUAUGACGGUUUGGUCAUUUAUGGCUGACCUUUGAAUUGUGAAUCUGGAACAACAUAUAUGUGAUUGGCAUUGUUUCGUUGCAAUACAAAGAAAAAAAAAGUCUACAUUCAUCCAA